AUGUUGCAAGACUUUUUGACGCCGCAGUUGCAUGAAUUUCAAGGGUACAACAACAGGACCUGGAUGCAACAAGAUGGAGCAACAUGCCAUACGUCAAAUGUGAGUUUACCGGUAGUCAAAGAAAUGUUUCCGAACAAAUUGAUUUCUCGCAGAGGUGAUAUCCCUUGGCCUCCCAGAAGCCCGGACCUUACACCAUGCGAUUUUUUCUUGUGGGGAUACCUGAAAAGUCGAGUGUACCUUAAUAAACCGACGACAAUAUCCCAAUUAAAACAAAACAUCCACGAGGAGAUAGCCGCGAUCUCCCGCAGCAUGUGUCAGCGAGUUUUCCAAAGUUUGCGUAGUCGAUUUCAGGAGUGCCAACAACGAGACGGCGCACAUUUGGACGACGUCAUUUUUAAAAAAUUAAUUUCAUUAAAUAAUUAUUACGAUAAAUAA